UUUACUUGCAUGUGUACAAGGGCCGUCCAUAUUGAAGUGAUUGAAGCUCUGAGCUCGUCCAGUUUCAUUAAUGCCCUUCGUAGAUUUUUUGCAAUCAGAGGCCCUGCUAAACAGCUUAGAUCAGACUGCGGAACAAACUUCAUUGGUGCCUCAAAGGAGUUGAGGCUAGAUCCUCCAAACCCCAAAGAAACCACUCUGGACGACUACCUGCGCAAACAAAGGUGUUCUUGGGUGUUCAAUGCGCCCCACUCAUCUCAUAUGGGAGGCACCUGGGAGCGUAUGAUAGGUAUCUCCCGACGCAUCCUAGACUCAAUGCUCCUACAAGCAGGAAACCCUACUCUAACUCAUGAGGUCCUGGUGACAUUGAUGGCUGAGGUCAUGGCUAUUAUCAAUGCAAGGCCCUUGGUACCUGUUUCCUCAUACCCGGAAGCCCCUUUAAUCCUAACACCCUCAGCUCUGCUUACCCAGAAGUUUAACCCAAUCCAAACUCCACCUGGGGACUUCAAAAAAGCCGACAUGUACAAAAAUCAAUGGAAAAGAGUUCAAACCCUCGCUGACACAUUCUGGACCAGAUGGCAGAAAGAAUACCUCCACAUGCUCCAAAGUCGUCAAAAAUGGCAGCGCAACAAACCAAAUAUAAAAGAAGGAGACAUUGUCCUUCUGAAGGACAAGCAACUAAAAAGAAAUUAAUGGCUUAUGGGAGUCAUCACGAAGACCCUUCCAAGCAAAGACGGAGUUGUUAGGAAGAUGGAAGUGAAAGUUGCCCGUGGCAAGACUGCUAAGACUUUCCUUAGACCUAUUUCAGACUGUAUUCUGCUUUUAUCUUCAAGAGAUUAGUUUAUAUUGGCAUUCUUAAAAUAAUGCCAGGCGGGGAGUGUGCUGGAGCUUUUUUUUUAUGUUGUUGUUUCUCCAGGCCCUUAGGGGGCGCAUGUUUGCACAGUUCGCUAGGUUGAGCCAGUGGAUGAGUAGAAGGUGUGUUACAGGAAGUUACUGCCAUGAGUCAGGCAUGAGUAUGGUUUGGAUUUCAUCUGCAUCCAUCCGCUCCUUUCCAUCCCUUUGAGUGGCAAUAUGAGUAAGAGACAUAAUUGUUUAUGGUUGCUAGAUAC